CCCACCUCCUCCCUGUAUGGUGUGUGUUUGUGCAGACUGUGUGAAUGUACAGAGGCCGAGGCAGAGAUUAUCCUACAGCUGAAGAAUGAACUGAGAGAAAAGGAGCUGAAGCUGACUGAUAUCAGACUGGAGGCGUUAAGCUCCGCCCACCACCUUGAUCAGAUACGAGAAGCCAUGAAUCGCAUGCAGAAUGAGAUUGAGCUGCUGAAGGCUGAGAAUGACAGACUCAAGUCCAGUGGCAACACCACACCUGCUGCCACACCUGCUAAAACAGCCCGUCCACCUUCAGAAACCUCCAGCACGUCCUCCUCGUCCUCACGCCAAUCUCUGGGGCUAUCGCUGAACAACCUCAACAUCACAGACACCAUUAUGUCAGAUAUUCUGCUGGAUGACGGCUAUGAGGGCAACCUACGCAAAGAGGGCAGGAGCGUCCGUAUAGUGGUCAUGAUCAAGAGCGACUUCAACAAGACCAAGGCUAUGCAGAAGAAGGUGUAUCUGAUUGGCUCCAUUGGCGUCAGUGGAAAGACCAAGUGGGACGUGUUGGAUGGUGUAAUACGACGCUUGUUUAAGGAGUAUGUGUUCCGUGUGGACCCGUUGACCAGUCUGGGCCUGAAUUCGGAUAGUAUAGUGUGCUAUAGGAUGGGGGAUGUGGUCCGAUCUCAUGCUUCUGAGGUGCCUGAACUGUUGCCCUGUGGAUAUCUGGUGGGCGACAACAACGUCAUCACAGUCAGCCUCAAAGGUGUGAAGGAGGGUAGUAUUGAUGACUUGGUGUUUGAUACAUUGAUCCCUAAACCCAUCAUCCAACGCUAUUUGAACCUGCUGAUGGAGCACCGUAGAAUCAUUUUGUCCGGUCCGAGUGGAACUGGCAAAUCCUACCUAGCCACUAAACUGGCUCACUUCAUCAUCUCCAAGACUGGUCGAGAGGUAACCGACACCAACUUGGCGAGCUUCAACGUGGACCAGAAAUCCAGCAAGGAUCUUCGACAGUACCUCUCUAGCCUGGCCGAGCAGUGCAACACAGAGGAGUGUGAGAUCGAGCUCCCCACCGUAGUUAUUCUGGAUAACCUCCAUCAUAUUGGCUCCCUCAGUGACAUCUUCAAUGGAUUCCUCAACUGCAAAUACCACAAAUGCCCGUAUGUCAUAGGAACUAUGAACCAGGGUGUGUCCUCAUCUCCAAACUUGGAGUUGCAUCACAACUUCAGGUGGGUGCUGUGUGCCAACCACACUGAGCCGGUGAAGGGCUUCCUGGGCCGAUUCCUGAAGAGAAAGUUGAUUGAAACUGAGAUAGAUAAGAACAUGCGCAGCAACGACCUCAUCAAAAUCAUCGACUGGAUCCCCAAAACCUGGCAACACCUAAAUUCCUUCUUAGAGGCCCACAGCUCCUCAGACGUCACUAUCGGUCCUCGGCUGUUCCUGUCCUGUCCAAUGGAUGCGGACGGCUCACGUGUGUGGUUUACUGACCUGUGGAACUAUUCUUUAGUGCCAUAUCUUCUGGAAGCAGUACGGGAAGGACUGCAGCUGUAUGGUAAGAGGGCGGCAUGGGAGGACCCUUCCAAAUGGGUGAUUGACACCUACCCAUGGAGCUCCGCCUCCCUGCAGCAUGAAGGCCAGUCUCUGCUGCAGCUGCGGCCCGAGGACGUGGGCUAUGAUGGCUACACUUCCUCUAAAGACGGAGCCGCCUCCAAACAAGUAUCUCAGAGUGACACAGAGGGAGACCCACUGACAUUCAGAGAUUAUAAGAUGAAUAUGCUGAUGAGGCUACAGGAAGCUGCGAACUACUCCAGUGCCCAGAGCUGUGACAGCGACAGCGCCAGUCACCACGACGACCUGCUGGACUCCUCAUUGGAGUCUGCCCUCUAAGCCCCGCCCCAUUCGAAGAGGAAGUCUUCUGAUUGGUUUAAAGAGCAAAGGGCCCACAUGACUUGUGCUCGUGAGACGUCCGACGCCUCCGGUGGAGUGUCCAGUAUACAGCGAAUGAAAAGGUGCUGGUGGCACACACGACACUGGGGGAAAGUGUGUGUGCUUACUUAAUUAUUAAAAAACAACAACUGGAAUUUGUCAUUUGUCGGAGGUUCGUUAGUUAAACAUGUUUACAGAGGCAAGUGUUUAGUUGAAAUUCACUGAGGUUUAAAAACCUAAAGGGCAACAUUCUGAAUUCUGACCUCAGUCAACAAACUGGUGCUGCCGCGGUGCCAGAACCAACGUGUGGUUUACACUCAUCUCGCCGGCACCGUUCAUCAAACGCCUCUAGCCAACAAGCACAAAACGUGCAACGUGUCAUUACGGCUACUGUGAAAUCAUUCGCAAAAGUCCACCACUCGUUUCACUGCCAAGCGUAUAGUGACCUGCAGCACUCCUGCACCACAGACCUCUUUCGUUCGAGUCCACGGGCGCGUGCGUAGUUGUUUUCUCCUCACCGCAGGUGCGAGGCGACUGCUUGUAGGAGAGUGUGCCAGCUUUGUGAAAAUGAGCAGAAAAUGGUGCUUUCUCGCUGCCUUAAAUGUGCUGAGCUCUGAAGACAUUUAAAUGUGGUGCCGCUGUCCUUUUUCACAGAAACGAUGGCUUAGGACAGAACCGAACAAAUGCCACGUCCACAUAUUUUAUUUUUGUUACAAUUAGUGUUUUAGUGCGAAACAUGCCAUUAUAAAACGGUCCAAAUGUAUAAAAGUAAAAAAGAUCUUUAUGUAAUCCCAGCUGAGCUGGGAUCACUUGAAUCGAGAGCACAAAUCCGACGCGUCGCUUCGCUAGCAUGCCGUGUUUUUUUUCUUUGCUAUAUGUGUUUACAUGCACGUGGAAACGUUUUUUUUUUUUUUUUUUUCGCUCCCGUGCGCCAGUGUUCGUGUAGUCGAGGUUCAUUCAUCCUUUAUUUUGGUUUGCUAUGUGGGUUUUGCACAGUUGAAAAGGUGAUUGUAAAUACAUCCAAGUCUUGCACAGCCUCUUAAAGAUGCACUCUGCCCGCUCGGUAUUGCGUUUCUGCUCUUCUUGUCUAGCAUUACGCUCUUGUGAUUUACUGAGAAAAAAAAAAAAAAAAGCAAACCAGCAGCCUGUCCAAACCUUAUAUGUCUUGUAAUAGCUGGUUAUUAUACAGAACUCUAAACUGUACAGUGAGAGGUGAAGUGUUUUUCAAUUUCAGAAAACUUUAGUGUCAGUUUACUGGUCAAGGGCGCAAAAUCAUCCAGAGCGAUUCCCUGUUUUCUCUUUGCAAUGCAUCUAACUUGCAUCACACUAGCUUGCAUUACAGUCUUGCAGCUUUCAGAUACACUGGCCCCUUUGAACGUAAGCCACGCUUAAAGACCCCAUGAAUGUUUUCUGACAACCAAAAGUUAUUGCAGAACCUGAUAUUUUCAUUCUAAAGAGCAAUUGAUUGGACAGAAAUGUUUAUACGCCCUUAAAUGCAGGAUAAGCCAUUAAUAUUUAUAGUCCAUUAUGAUUGCAAUAUGUUUAAAAGAGAAAUACUGUAAAUUCUAAAUGUGUAUAUCUGCAUAAAGUUUUUUUUUUGUUUGUUUCUUUAAGGAGUACAAGAGCAUAUAAAUGACCUCAAAACUAGCAGACAGACAAUAGACAAAAUGCUUAAUUUUGCUUAAUUCAAUGCGUGAAUGUCAUUGCACUAGAUAACAAAAUCACACAACGUGCAUAUAUUUAGGAAAUAACGGUUAUUUUAAGGCGUCCUUGUUACAGUGUAAUAAUACUAUUAAGAAUUGACAACAUGUACUUACUAUAGGGUUAGGGUUUGGUUUUGUUGCUUGUAAUUAUGCAUAAUGUACUGUUAUUACUAUAGUAGGUACAUGUUACAUGGACACUAUAACAUAAAGUGUUGCCCAGGAUACGUUUCAGUUGUCCAACUACACCUCAGAAAAGUGAAGUUAUUUGAAGAUCUGGCAUAAUUUAUUAUGAAGAUGCAAGUCUAAUGCAAUGGCAUUCAUACAUACAAGUAAAUCACUUAUGACUUCCCAGAAAUGUUACUGUGAAAGACUUUUGACUUUCCAGAGUUUGCACAUGUUUGCAGUAACUGAAUCUGUUAGCUUGAUGUACAUGGUCAGGAGGUACAAGGUGCUAUAGGUGAACCAUUGAAAAGCUUUACGUCUUAUUUGAUCAGGCCUUUACCACAUCCAGCUUCACCUUCUGACUCAAACUGAGUAACUCAUUCUCACUGCCAGGCUUUAACCUUUGAUUCUUUCCAAUCUACCUUUUAGUUGAUUCAGGAAACGGCUUCUUUUUGAUUCCUCGCGGCACUACAGUGGUGCUACAGUAUGUAUGUAACCUCCAAACUCUGUGACUCUGUGCCUGAUGCUUUGCUUGUCAACCAUAAUUGUUCAGUGUAAAAGUACUCAACGGAAACAUUUAUAAGAAGUGCAGUAAAGGUUUCAAACUGCCUAAUGCUCCCUAACCUCAAACACAAAUAGUGAUUGUCCAUGGUACAUCGGAAAUAUUCUUUUCGUUUUCUUCGUGUUAUGGCAAACACAUCUCUCGGUGAGCGCAUAACAUUGAACUACUUUUGAAAAUGUUUCUUUUCAGGUGGAACAUUUGUUGGUAGAUGUUUUAUAUUUUGUACAUUUGUAAGUAACAUAUCAUGUAAAUAGAGAGAGACCACAAAUUUAAUUCAUCUGGGGGAUUUUGUAGUCUUUGUAAAGCCCUAAUAAAUGGUAUUUGGUGUCACCUGAA